CUCGUGAGCUAACGCGGAAACGUCAGGCGGUGAGAAGUGCCACGAGCACCGGGAGGGAAAGAGGUCGGCCCAGCGAAGGCACGCGGAGCACAAGGAGCUGCAAGUGUCGAGAAGGACAAGGCUUGCUUGGAGCAGACCCAGGGACCCAGAGCUCUACAUCCCGCUCACCAUGGAAUUGGUCAGCUCAGGCCACCAGCCCCUUAGGAGGGUGCCUGUCCCUGCUGGGUAGGAGCUGGACACCGCAGCUUCCACGGAUGGGGCGCUGGGCCCUUGACCUGGCCUUUGUGUGGAAGGCAGUGUUCACCCUGGGGCUGGUUCUUCUCUACUACUGCUUCUCCAUCGGCAUCACCUUCUACAACAAAUGGCUGACGAAGAGCUUCCAUUUUCCCCUCUUCAUGACAAUGCUGCACCUGGCUGUGAUCUUCCUCUUCUCCGCCAUGUCCAGGGCACUGGUUCAGUGCUCCAGCCACAGGGCCCGAGUGGUGCUGAGCUGGACCGACUACCUCAGAAGAGUGGCCCCCACAGCCCUGGCAACAGCACUUGACGUGGGCUUGUCCAACUGGAGCUUCCUCUACAUCACUGUCUCGCUGUACACAAUGACCAAAUCCUCAGCCGUCCUCUUCAUCUUGAUCUUCUCUCUGAUCUUCAAGCUGGAGGAGCUGCGUGCAGCACUGGUCCUGGUGGUCCUGCUCAUUGCUGUUGGCCUCUUCAUGUUCACCUACAAGUCUACCCAGUUCAACGUGGAGGGCUUUGCUUUGGUGCUGGCAGCCUCGUUCAUUGGUGGCAUUCGCUGGACCCUCACCCAGUUGCUCCUGCAGAAGGCCGAUCUGGGCCUCCAGAACCCCAUCGACACUAUGUUCCACCUGCAGCCACUCAUGUUUCUAGGGCUCUUCCCUCUCUUUGCCGUAUUUGAAGGUCUCCAUUUGUCCACGUCUGAGAAAAUCUUCCGUUUCCAGGACACAGGGCUACUCCUGCGGGUGCUUGGGAGCCUCUUCCUUGGCGGGAUUCUUGCCUUUGGUUUGGGCUUCUCUGAGUUCCUCCUGGUCUCCAGAACCUCCAGCCUCACACUCUCCAUUGCUGGCAUUUUCAAGGAGGUCUGCACGUUGUUGCUGGCAGCUCACCUGCUAGGCGAUCAGAUCAGCCUGGUGAACUGGCUGGGUUUCGCCCUCUGCCUCUUGGGAAUAUCCCUACAUGUGGCCCUCAAAGCCCUGCACUCCAGAGGUAACAGUGGCUCUAAACCUCUGAAGAACUUGGGCUCCAGCCCUGACAUGGAGCUGCUGCUUCGGACCAGCCAGCAGGAGGACAAGGACAAUGAGGAAGAGUAACUUGUGGUCCAGGGGCAGCAGUGACCAGCCUGGAAGGAAGUUGGAAGUAACCCAGCAACCAGCGCCUCUCUGCAUGCUAGGCAGCAUCUCUGGGCCCAGGGCGUUCACAACAGCUGAGAGCCACUGGCCAGAACCCUGUGAUGGAGCUAGGUCUGGUUUGUGGCUCCCACCUCCCUUUCAGAGUGUGGGUAAUAAGGUGCGUGCCAGGCCAGCCUAGGAUCUGCCUGGAGCUGGACCCAUGCUGCACCGCAGUCAUGGUGGAAAAGGGACCAGACUGGUUCUUCGUUGUUGGCCAUGCUCUGGGAGCCAGGACUAAAUGCCUAGCGGCUAAGGGGACUGGAUGUGAACUGCGUGGCAGUCGGGAAGGGAACAUGGAGAGGCUGGAGCCUCAUCACCUGGACAGCACCUUCCUCAGAGCAGAUUUAUUUAUAGUUUGGAAAUAAAUGCUUUACGGUCCACUGGCCACUCGCAUUGCCUGGCAUUGUGGGGACAAGAAGAGCCAUGGCCUCUCCCCUUCUUCCCUGCCUGGGGCCUCCCUCAGCGGCUGGUCUGAAUCCCAGCCUCCUGUAUCUUUCAUCUUCUGUUUGAGCCCCAUUGCCCACUCCCUGGGGUACCACCACACCUACAGGCAGAAAAUAAAUUGAGUAUUGA